AUGUCUAUUCAACCAGGAAAAUACAGAAUUACCACUAACCUUGACCGUAAACGGGCCAUCGGCGUCGAUCCCAUGACCCGCGACGCGCACAAGCGCGUCAUUGUUGUACCUGAGGACUUCCCAAUGCAGGCUAGCCUGUGGAGAGUAGACAAGACUGAAGAAGAGGGUGUCUAUUUCCUGUCCGUCCUGGGAGCCGACGCCAUGGAUACGGAUGCUAAAGUAUUUGCGAAUUACGGAGUUUACUCGCAAAAGUGGCAGAUUCGCCUCAACUCUCAUCCCGAUGGUCACUUCAUCCAGCGUGUCGACAACAACCUGACCUGGUUCCUUCCCAACGCAAAUGAUUUUACUCAGGAAUGGCAGGGAUCUUCCCUUCCGUUAUCCUCUGACUGA